AUGUAUCUUCCGGUUGGUCUUCGUAAACUAUAUGAUGUCCGUGCCUCUCACAUCCUUCCAUUCAGUGAGAGAACCAAAUUAAUACUAUGUGAUUCGGAUCUUAACGAUGUUCAUGUUAAAGUUCAUGACUCUUUUAGCUUCCCACCUUGGGAUAUCCUUCAAUUUUCUUUUUUAAAUCUCUUCACUGGAACCGAUAAAUCAUCAAAUCCUCCGAUAAUUUUCCAACAACUCUUUCUGCAUCAUCACUAUAAGUAUUCUUCUUUUAUACCAGUUUUCACGGAUGGCUCAAGAUCAGAUGGACAUGUUGGUUGUGCCAUUGUAACACCAUCUGAGACAGUGAGCUAUCGUCUUCACAACUACUGCUCUGUGUUUACGGCUGAGUUAGUGGCCAUUUUUUAUGCUCCGCAAAAAAUCUCGCCUUCUACUCAGCGUAAUUUUAUCAUUUAUUCCGAUAGCAUGAGCGCCUUGAAAACACUUUCUAAUUAUCAUUAUCCGAUGCAUCCGAUUGCUGUUCGUAUUUUGUUUACACUUCGUUUAUUACAAAACGAUGGUUUUAAUAUAAUUCUUUGUUGGGUUCCAGGUCAUGUGGGCAUUUUUGGCAAUGAAAAGGCCGACUUGGCUGCCAAAUCUGCGACGGAGUUUUUAAGAAUCGGACUUUCAUUUUCUGAUGUUAAGACGUCUGUUUUUAAUCACACAUAUUCUUCUUGGCAGGAGACAUGGAACCUUCAAGUUCAAAAUAAGCUACGUUCUAUCAAACCUAUCAUUAGUUUGUGGCCUGUUCUACCUAUACGCGAGAAGGAUGUCAAACUGACUCGUCUCCGUAUAGGACACACCCGCCUCACUCACAGGCAUCUAAUUCUACGCGAAAAAGCAGCAACGUGUCCCACUUGUCAACUGGAUUUUACAGUAUAUCACAUUUUGGUCCAGUGCCCUGCUUUUAAUUCUCAUCGUAUUCGUUUCUUCCAUUCACUGUCUUUAACUUUAGCUGACUUGGUGGGUGAGAAUUACCACCCGAAUAUCUUUAACUUUUUAAAAGCUAUUCAGCUUUAUAUCCACAUAUAA